ACUGGGAACUGGGGUGGAAGUCCACUUUGGCCAUGUGCCCACUGCCCAGUGAUACUGGUCUACCUGCGUGUCCUGUACAGUGCCACUGCCUAACUGUAUGCCUGCCUGCUGUCUGGCGGAACAACAAAUUGCAAAUGGAUUUUGAGCAAUGAGUAGUAGUACAACAAUGUGCCUGUCCCUGACACUCUUUCCCUUUAGCACUGAGAAUGGGUUUUGUGCCGGCUGGUAAGAGGCGCUUAGGGGCUUGCCAUCCUGACUCAAUGAGGAUUGCUGCUGCUGCUCCCGCUUCCAAACCUGAAGAGGCAGAGAGAAUGUUCGGGAGGUGAGGCGGGUCCCAUGACAUCAGUGGGCGGGGACAUAAGCAAUUCUAUUCCUGAUUGAGCAGCUGGGCUGGCAACAAACCACAGGGAGUGUAUAAGGCUGCUCUCUCCUCUGAACGUGAUUGCUGACAGAAAGGCAGGCACUGGCAGCCUGUGAUACAGCACAAGGAGAGGCACUGCAGGCAGUACAAUCACAAUGACAGGCAGAUGAAUAGCUGACUUACCAGAGAGGGAAUUAGCACACACUACUUAAAUGUCUCUACUAUUCAAUGAAAAGUGUAAAUUUGCCCUCAGUCCCUAACUUCUGCAUCUUCCCAGCCGUCCCCAUUCCCCAUCAAUCAAUGUAGUUCCCCUCAGUGAGCGACCUGAUUUCUGUACCGCCCCUCCUCCUCCUCUGGUUCUUAUUACUGUCUGUUCCGCCUCUUCCAUUCACGCUGCUGAGGCAUCCGAUGCUCUGCAAUAGCUGGCAGUAUAGCAGGGUCCCGCGGGUUUCGGGUCAGCCCGCACAUCACUACUUCCCUGCUAGUCCACAUUGUUGGUUGUGGUUGGCGGUCUCCUUGGUAUAUGGGCGUGGCUCUGUUUCUCUGCUUUCCUAUUGGCUGAUGUUCUAGAGGAUGCGUAUAGUGCAAGAGGGGCAGUAAUUGACGCUGCUAGUGCUGCGGGACCGCUGUGCGCUGGGCCGGGGAGCUCCUGCUGUGCAGCCCCAUUGGAAGGCAGCGCUGUUCUCCGGAGUCAGCUGAACCCAUUGAGUACCGGCCGGCUGCAAGAGCCCCAAGACAAACAAACCAUGACAUCAGAAACGGGUUCCGAGUCAGAUUCAAAGAAGGAUCAGGAAAAAGAGCAACAAGACCCAGCCCAUCAGAAGGGGAUUUCUGGAACACAACAGGCACAGCAAGCCGGUGAAGAUCACCAAAACGUUGGGGAAAACUUUCCAGCUGCGGCUGCUCACAGCACUCCACUGAAAGCCGAGAAGAACCCAGACAAGGACUGGGAUAAAGAGGCUGCAACAAAACCGCUAGAGUAUCAGCAACUUGAAGACGACAAAGUUUCUCAAAAAUCAGGAUCCAGCAAACUUUCCAAGUCACCUCUGAAAUCUGCAAGGAGGCCGAAAAACAUGCAGGCUAAAGUCAUGCUUCUUGAUGGGUCAGAGUACUCCUGUGAGGUGGAGAAACGCUCCAAAGGCCAAAUCCUCUUUGAAAAAGUGUGCGAGCAUCUAAACCUUUUAGAAAAGGACUACUUUGGGCUUGUGUACAGAGACUCUGAAAAUCAAAAGAAUUGGUUGGAUCCUGCUAAGGAGAUCAAGAAACAGACAAGAAAUGGCGCUUGGCACUUUUCCUUUAAUGUGAAAUUCUACCCACCUGAUCCCUCACAGUUAUCUGAAGACAUAACCAGGUAUUACCUCUGCUUGCAGUUGCGGGAUGACAUUGUAUGUGGUCGACUGCCAUGUUCCUUUGUGACCCUUGCUCUGCUGGGUUCAUACAGUGUCCAGUCAGAACUCGGAGACUAUGACCCAGAGGAGUAUGGGAGUGACUAUGUCACAGAGUUUCGCUUUGCACCAAACCAGACAAAAGAACUGGAAGAUAAGGUAGUUGAGCUGCACAAAAGUUACAGGGGAAUGACACCCGCUGAAGCCGAAAUGCACUUCUUAGAAAAUGCCAAAAAAUUGUCAAUGUAUGGAGUAGAUCUACAUCAUGCUAAGGAUUCAGAAGGAGUUGAAAUUAUGCUUGGAGUCUGUGCUAGUGGCUUAUUAAUAUACCGGGACAGGCUACGAAUAAACAGAUUUGCUUGGCCAAAGGUUCUGAAAAUUUCAUAUAAAAGGAACAACUUUUACAUUAAGAUUCGCCCAGGCGAGUUUGAACAGUUUGAAAGCACUAUUGGAUUUAAACUCCCAAACCAUCGAGCUGCUAAACGUCUGUGGAAAGUUUGUGUUGAACAUCACACUUUUUUUAGACUGCUGAUGCCCGAGGCGCCUCCUAAGAAAUUCCUCACGUUAGGUUCCAAGUUCCGCUACAGUGGGAGGACUCAGGCACAGACAAGAAGAGCGAGUGCACUCAUUGACCGCCCCGCACCAUAUUUUGAACGCUCUUCUAGCAAGAGAUAUACCAUGUCUAGAAGUUUAGAUGGAGCAUCAGUGAAUGAAAACCAUGACUUGUACAUGAAGGAUUCUGUGUCUGCCACAGAGGUGGGUACCGGCCCCUACAUCACAGCUAAAGGUAUCUCUCAAACCAACUUGAUAACUACAGUAACACCCGAAAAAAAGGCAGAAGAAGAGAGGGAUGAGGAGGAAGAGAAGAAGAAGAAAGUAGAGAUCAUCACAACAGUUACUACAAUUCGACAUGACACAAAGCCAUCUUGUUUUGAUACUGACUCAUUUCAUUCCCCCUCACACCCACAUUCAAGCCCAUCAGCAUCUUCAACUAAAUUGCGUAGGAGAUGUAAGGAGAAUGCUCGAAAAGCAGUAGGACGCGAGCUGAGCAAAGAUGUGAAUGAAAUGUCCCAUGAGCCCGAGCGGGACUCAGAUUGCAAAGGAACAUUAUACCCUGAGGAAGAUGAGCUUGCAAUAAGCUAUAAGCAACAAGCUGGCCGAGGCGGGACCCUGUUUUCCUUCUCCUUGCAUCUUCCAGAUUCAUUCCCAUCUCUUCUUGAUGAUGAUGGCUAUCUUUCCUUUCCUAACAUUUCUGAAACCAACUUUCUACCCGAAAGUUUGCAGCAUUACCUGCCCAUUCGGUCACCAUCUCUUGUUCCAUGCUUUCUUUUCAUCUUUUUUUUCCUACUUUCUGCCUCCUUCUCUGUUCCAUACGCCCUCACGCUUUCUUUUCCGUUGGCAAUGUGCCUCUGCUACCUGGAGCCCAAGGCGGUCUCCUUGAGUGCCGCACUUGACAAUGACCUGAGUGACAGUUCAGAUGAUGAGACUGACAGUGAACAGACGGAUACUGCUGCUGAUGGUGAAACCACUGCCACCGAGUCGGAUCAAGAGGAAGAUACUUAUGCAAAAACCCAGAAUAGUCUCAUUAAGCGAAUAAAGGGUGAAAAUGUAUAUGUCAAACAUAGUAAUCUUAUGUUAGAGGAAUUUGACCGAAAUCAAGAAGAACUUAUGAAACACCAAACUAAUAUAAGUGAGCUGAAAAGAACUUUCUUAGAAACAUCAACAGAUACUACAACUGGUGGCGAAUGGGAAAAACGUCUCUCUACAUCUCCAGUACGGCUUGUCAUGAGACACGAAGAGGCUCCUAUGAUUGAACCACUAGUGCCUGAGGAGACCAAAGAAGAGAGAGAAAAAAGAGAAAUUCAAAUGUCAUUAGAAAGAACAAGCUACUCAAUGUUAGAAUCACAGCCAGGGGACAUAGUGAAGAAACUGCGGGAGGCAAGAGCCACCAGCCCUGUGGCUACUUCUCAGCAAAUCAUUAUGCAGAAAACUAUCCCGACAUCCCCAGAGGGCACAGAGGAUUGGGUUAUUAUAGACAAAGUGCCUACUAAGGUAGUUGAUGGUGAAACAAAAACCAUUGUGACUUACAAAGUGACAACAGUGAGCAGUGACAUGCCAGCUGGAACGUUUAAAACCAGCCCACUGGGAGGUCAGAGCUUGGAUGCGCUGAAAAUGGAACUGAAGUCCAAAGAAGAGGAUAGCAAACUGAAAAUGUAUACAUUAGGAAGGUCUUAUGAUACCGUGUCUGGAAAAGUAGUAACUAUGACAAGUAAAGCAAAAGAAGGGGAUAAAGAAAAAACACCAUCUUCAUUUGAAAUAAUUCAAAAGCUGGAGAAGGAUAUAGCUGAAACUAUAAAAAUUGCUCCUGGUACAGGGGACUAUGAGAUCCUGGAGCCGAUUAGUGAUGACAAGGGAAGAAAAGUUCCAGAAGGGCCACCUGUAAAGAGAAGAAUGUCAGAAACACUGACACCCAUCAAAGAGUCAGACUCCCAGCUGGCUAGUCCAGUAGAAGAGACUCUGAAGAAAGUGCAAGAUAAAGAUACGGAGAAGAAUUUGAUUGAAAGUGUGAUUUUUGGGAAGGCUGAGCAGUUUCAAGAUUAUGAUGUUAUUAAAGCAGAUGUCCCGUCUUGGAAAGAUAAGAAGCUGUCCGAGUGGCGAUACACACGAGAUCAGCCAUUUACCAUUGCCACUGCUCAUUAUGUUACCGAGUCAUCUGCAUCCAAAGUGGUGACCAAACAAUCAUCUGGUGAAAAAACCUUGGAGGGUUCUGAUAUCUACAGUUUAUUAGAAUCUACAAGAAAGCCAUCUGAGUUCCUAGGAGAGGUUACAUCUACUUCACAAUCCUGGGCUCAGAAAACAGAGACUACCACGGAGUGGGAUUCCAGUAGCAAAGGGCAAGAGGACGCCGAACAGAAAGCUAAAGAGAAGGUUGUGCAGGGGAUGGUCAGUUUGGAGGAGAGUCUGGUGGGGAGUGUGCAUGCAAGCAGGGAUGCUGCUGAGCUUGCAGGCACAGUCAUUGCUUCUAGCUUAAAAGGGGAUGAGGGCUCUACACUGAAAAAGGAGCCUGAGGAAGAUCUGGCUGUUGAUGCUUCUGCUUGUUAUGCGCAAGAAGAGCAGCAUGGCUCAAAGGUUCAUGAAUUACUGGACGGCAAGCCUCAAGUAGAGUCCCCAGUUGUAAAAACAGAGAUCAUCACGUUUGGCACUAUUGCGGAUGGAGAGAAGCCAGAUAUUAGUACCAAGGAUGUGCCAGUGGUACACACAGAGACGAAAACAAUUACCUAUGAAUCUUCUGAGUUGGGCUCCCGUACAGACACAGAUCCUGGCAUGUUAAUGAGUGCUCAGACCAUUACAUCAGAGACUUUUGGAACUACAACAACUACCCACAUAACCAAAACUGUGAAAGGAGGCAUCUCAGAGACAAGAAUCGAAAAGCGGAUAGUGAUUACAGGUGAUGCCGAUAUCGACCAUGAUCAGGCGCUGGCUCAGGCAAUUAAAGAAGCCAAAGAGCAGCACCCUGACAUGUCAGUGACCAAAGUAGUGGUACAUAAAGAAACAGAAAUCACACCAGAAGAUGGGGAGGAAUGACCACAGGAAUAAAGCAGCUUGCAAACAAGCUUGACCAUUAUGAACAUGUGACUAUGCGCCGUGACCAACCUAACCCGGCUGACUGCUACCUUUGGAAAAAUUGCAGAAGGAUGUAGCUUGACCAUUUAUAAAGACAUUGGCAUAUCUUCCCAUUAAAAGCAAUGCAAUUCAGCAUAAGUAAAUCAGUACUGCAUGAAGCAACUAUAAAAGGCAGCAUUUUUAUUUUGUCUACGUUUCCAGUUAUAUAUAUGCACGUUCACACACCACAGUAAUAUAAACGGUGAACACUUAAUGUAACGCAUAAACAGUCCAUGCCGUCUUGAGUUCUAAGCAAAGUGAAAUGUAGGUGGCGAGCAUUUUGUUUACAGAAAACAAAAAUACCCUAAAAUGCUAGAAGCUGCGUAGGUACUGUGUAUACUGUUUCACCACACCUUAUACGUGCCAAUAACAGACUUUAUUCAGUACACAACUUGAAUAUUGUAUUUGUUUUAUCUGGUUUUAUUACAGUUACCCGAUAAAGUUAGAUCCCUAACCUUGUGAAUCCUAUUUAAAUGCUGAUAAAGAGUGCUUUGUAUAUCACAUUUAAUAACAUAUGGGUAGUAAUUAUUUUAGUAUUUUAACUUGAAAUUCAGAAAUCUUUUGGUCAGCGUUGCUGUCGAGCUUAAAACAAAUGACCUAUUGUUAGUUUUCACAAACGUGUAUGUUUGUGUGUCUUUCAUUGAAGGAACGCGUAUAUCUCUUCAGUUCAAAGACUUUUCUUUGGCAUUGUUCUGUACGUUAUUUUUGGUUCAUUUUGAUUUUUUUUUUUCUUUUUUUAUAAUUUCUCAAUGGCAAAUGUUCAUAUCAGAAUCUGCUCUACAUCUCUUAUCUAGCUGAAAGCCAAGCCUUAACCUGUACAGAUAUUGCACCAUUUUGUAGAUAGCGUUCCCAGAUCUGCAAAUAAUCCAUUUAUUAGGUACCUCUUCCAUUACAUUGUCAGUGGCAUCACUACAUAUGGUGAAUGUUUGUUUCAGCAUAGUGAAAAUAAAAGUGAUAAAUGCAUUAAAAUGUAUUGUACGUGUUGGGAAAACAAAAAAAAAAAAAAUCUGCUUUUCUAAUUUGCACCAGCCAGGGUGUUGAAUUACGGCAUAUCACAUAAUAAAAUAAAAUAUAUUGAAAAUCAAUUGCAAUUAUUUUGCAGCUAAUAAAAUUAAAAUGAAGGAUU